AUUCGACCGACUUGGAAGCGACUGAUCGAUGGCCACUGUGGAAUAGUGAACAUCAGAAACAGAAAUACAAAGUUUGCCUCUUUACCAUCGCAGGUUGCGGGUGUUAUUCCUCCUGGUUUAAGAGUGGAUGGUGGCUGGAAUCCCAAAGAAUGGUUACGGCCUGGUAAUCAGGAUGACCGGAAGAUGGCACUGUUUGCACAGUACGCCAUGGCUUCGGCGGAAGAAGCUCUACAAGACGCAAACUGGGUGCCCCAGUCCGAAGAAGAUCUUCAAGCAACAGGUUACAAGAAAGUGUCGCCACUAUUUGUGCCCAGACUCCUGAUCAAUUUGGCCGCAGGUCACAUUUCCAUGAAAUACGGAUUCAAGGGGCCUAAUCACGCAGCAACAACGGCCUGUACAACAGGGGUCCAUGCCAUCGGUGAUGCUGCCCGUAUGAUUACCUUUGGAGAUGCGGAUGUCAUGGUUGCUGGGGGUGCAGAGUCUUGCAUUCAUCCGCUCGCCGUCGCUGGUUUCGCUCGAGCCAGAAGCUUAGCUACGGAUUGGAACGACAACCCUCAGGAGGCUUCGAGGCCAUUCGACAGAUCGAGAGCGGGUUUCGUGAUUGGCGAAGGAGCUGGUGUUGUGGUACUUGAACACGCAAGAGCACGUGGAGCUUCCAUUUAUGCUGAAAUCAAAGGCUAUGGUCUCUCGUCAGAUGCACACCAUAUGACGGCUCCCCGAGAAGACGGUCAGGGCCCAUAUCUCGCCAUGAAGCGCGCGCUAAAGCAAGCCGGUAUCAAACCUAGGAGUGUCGACUAUGUGAAUGCUCAUGCUACUUCGACCGUACUUGGUGAUGCCGCCGAAAACCGUGCUAUCAAGACAUUGCUACUCGGCGAAGAAGGAUACACGAGCGCUGGCGAGGUCAAUAUCAGCAGUACCAAAGGUGCAGUAGGCCACUUGCUUGGAGCCGCUGGAGCCGUAGAGACCAUAUUCACUGUUCUGGCAUUACAGAACGCCGGCGAUCCAGUAAGCGACUUCAACUGCAACUAUGUCCCCAAAACAGCUCAGCACUGUAAUGGGUUGUCGUGUCAUCUCCGGAGAGCGACAAUGUCAUCCCAAGCCAAUCCCUUGAUGGCCGGCUCUGAGGACGAGGGCAGCAAGAACGCCGUUUAUCUUCGGCUCAAGAGUAAAGGCAAGCACUAUCAUGCAAAGAUUCCAGUAUUGAAACGCUUGCCUUUCCCUUCCAUUGCAAUCAUAUCGUUACUGGUUGUCGUAAAUCUCUUAGUGUGGAUAGCAGUUGGCAUAGUUCUUGUGAANUCUCUGGUCUCCACUGCUGUCCUUGCAUACUCCCUUGGUCUGAGGCAUGCUCUCGAUGCAGACCACAUCUCGNNCAUCGUUGUCAUAACUUCUAUCGUGGUAGCUUCGACCGCCGCUGCUGUUUCGUCAAAAUUCGGAGCCUUCUCUCGAGUUGGUGGUAUCAUCGGAAGCAGCGUCUCAGCCACUUUCUUGAUUGUGCUUGGGAUCAUGAAUGUUUUUAUCCUAUACAAGCUCAUCAAGCAGCUCCGCGAAAUCAUCAACUCUCCUGCAAACUCGCCCCAGCCAGAGUUCCAAAUUGAAGGUGGAGGAUGUCUCUUCCGUGUUUUAAAAAGAGUCAUGUUCGGCCUAGGAUUCGACACUUCGUCAGAGAUUGCUCUGCUGGGCAUCAGUGCCAUCUCCGCCAGUCAGGGAACGUCAUUCUGGCUCAUCCUCUUGUUCCCUGUUCUGUUCACCGCAGGUAUGUGUUUGUUAGACACUACGGAUGGUGCCCUUAUGAUGGCUCUAUACACAUCGACACGACUGGCAAAAGACACCAUCGCCGUACUCUACUAUCAGGCUGUUCUCACCGGCGUCACCGUGCUCGUUGCUGUGGUUAUUGGUGUUGUCCAACUCCUCGGUAUGCUGCAGGGCGCCGCCAAUCUCGAGGGCGGAUUCUGGGAUGGCGUUGAAGUCGCGAGUGACAAUUACGACAUCAUUGGUGGUGCUAUAUGUGGCAGCUUCGUCGUCUUUGGUGUCCUGAGUGCUGUCCUCUAUUGUCCUUGGAGAAGACGGGUUGACGCAAGGCGAAAUGCCCUUGUCGGACCAUUUGGCGAAGAUCAAUACGAUGUGACAGAGCUACGCAACGUUUUGGAAACACACGGAGAACCAGAAGUUAUACAAGAGGAGGUCUCAGUACCGCAUGUCCGUCCAGACCGAAAAGGAGAUCAUGAAGUG